AUGAUACCGGAAUGUGACGAAGUAAAAGGCGGAACCACUAGACAAGAGAAGUUGAAUGAGUUAAUUAGAAACCAACCGUGGAACCAUCUAGACCGAGAAAUGCCUAGUCCUGCCGUUUUCACGCGAGAAGUAAACCGAGUAUUAGCUCCAUUAGCAGUUGAAGACUGGGUACGAAACUAUCUUGAUGAUGUAAUAGUAUGGGCUCCUGACUUCCCCCCCACCUUGUUGCAGAGACUCACCAGAGUAUUUGAGAGAUUUGAAGAGAUGGGUAUUAAACUAAACUUGUCUAAAUGUCAAUUUGGCCAUAAGCAAGUUAAAUUCUUAGGACAUGUAGUUUCAGAGAGAGGCAUUGAGCCUGACCCAGAAAAUGUCCAGGCUUUGACUGAUUGUAAACCCCCAACUAAUGUUAAACAAGUCCGCCAAUUUUUGGGUAUGUGUGGAUUUUACCGUAAACAUGUUCCCGAGUUUGCCAAAGUAGCUUACCCCCUCACUGAAUUAACGAAACAGACUGUUGAUUUUGCAUGGUCAAAUGAGUGUCAAGACGCAUUUCAGAAGUUAAAGCAAGCACUAGCUUCAUACCCAGUUCUUGUCAAGGCCGAUAUUUAUAAACCCUUCGAACUGCAUAGUGAUGCCAGCAAUUUCUGCGUAGGCGCUUCCCUUAAUCAGAUACAAGAAGAUGGCUCUUUACGACCAGUGGGUUAUUUUCUAGAAAGUUAA